UUCGGAAGGGAUUCUCUGUGAUCUGUCGUCUAUGAUUACUGAUUGAGUAUUGACUGAUACAACCUGCGAUAUGAGAAUAUAUUGAAAUGUUAAUGGGUUGAUCUUUAUUCAGAAUUAGUUCAAUUACUAAAUCAUACUUUUAUGCAAAGUAUCACAAGUAAGGAAAAUGCCAAGAAUGGUACAAAAGUUUGUUGUCUGCAUACGGUGAGAAGGGGCGCGGGGCCAUGGCGGAGCCCGAGGCGGCGUCCGCCGGCCUCGCUGACGCCGUGCUGCUGGCACCACUCACCGAGGACUCCUUCCUGCACAACCUGCAUGUCCGCUAUAAAAGGGACAUUAUAUAUACAUAUGUGGGUAAUGCCUUGGUGUCGGUGAACCCCUGUCGACCGCUGCCACUCUACUCGGCUGAACUUGUGCGCACGUAUCUAGCGCGUCCGCCUUUCUUGUUACCUCCACAUCUGUAUGCAAUAACUGCCACGGCAUACAGAUGGGUCCGGGAUCGCAAUGAGAACCAAUGUAUAGUAAUAACAGGCGAGAGCGGGUCGGGCAAGACGGAGGCGGCGCGCGUGUGCUUGCAGUGCGCGGUGGUGGCGGGCGCGGGCGGCGCGGGGGGCGGCGCGGGCGGCGCGGGGGGCGGGCCGGCCGGCGCCGCGCUGGCGGCCGCGGGCACGCUGCUCGAGGCGUUCGGCAACGCCGCCACGGCGCGCAACCACAACGCGAGUCGCUUCGGCAAGUUAUUAGACAUAGAAUUCGAUUUUAAAGGCGAACCGGUCGGCGGACACCUGACGCAUUACCUUUUGGAAAAGGAGCGAGUGGCGAGCGUGGCGGAGGGCGAGCGCAACUUCCACGUGCUGUAUCAACUGCUCGCCGGCGCCGAUGCGCACCUGCUCAAACGGUUGAAGCUGCAGCGGUCUUGGGAGACGUACCGCGUGCUGGUGGGGCGCGCGGAGGGCGAGGGCGCGCCCGCGUCGCCGCGCCGCGCGCCGCCGCCCGCGCCGCCCGGCCCGCACGACCCGCACGCUGACCGCGACCACUUCGCCUUCACCAAGGCGGCGAUGAACGCGCUGGGCUUCAGCGCGGCCGAGUGCGGCGCCGUGCUGCGCGUGCUCGCCUUCCUGCUGAAGCUGGGCAACGUGCAGUUCGAGCCGCACCACCACAUCGACGGCUCCAUCGGCACGCGCCUGGUGCACGAGUACGAAAUGCGCGAGGCGUGCGCGCUGGUCGGCGUGGACGCGGACGCGCUGGCGCUUGCGCUCGGCGCCGCGCCGGUUUCGGGCGGCGCAGACGAGUGCCCCGCGGAGGAGGAGUGCGGCUCGGAGCACGGCGCGGAGGGCACGGAGGGCGCGGGCGCGGCGGGCGCGGGCGCCGAGUGGGCGGGGGCGCUGCGCGACCGCGUGCUGUGCGCGCUCUACUCGCGCCUCUUCAACUGGCUCGUGAGCGCCGUGAACGAGGCGCUGCGCGGGCGCGCCGCCGGCGGCCGGCGCUCGCUGGGCAUCCUCGACGUGUACGGGCUGGAGUCGCUGGCGCGCAACGGGCUGGAGCGGCUGCUCAUCAACUACGCGGCGGAGCGCGUGCAGGCCGCCGUCACCGCGCUCACGCUGCGCCGCGAGCAGGAGGAGUACGCGCGCGAGGGGCUGGCGUGGACGCCGCUGCCGUACACGGAGCACGAGAGCUCGGCGGAGCUGCUGGACGCGGGCGCGGAGAGCGUGCUGGGCGCGCUGCGCGACGCCACGCUGCGCGCCGCGCCCGACGCCGCCUUCCUGCAGCGCCUGGCGCGCCGCCGCCACCCGCGCCUGCUGGUGCUGCCGCCCGACCGCUUCCAGGUGCUGCACUUCGGCGGGCCCGUCGUGUACAGCGCGCGCGGCAUCGUGGCCAAGAACCGCGACGCCGUGUGCCGCCGCUGCGCCGCCGCGCUGGCCGCCGCGCGCGAGCCGCUGCUGGCCGCGCUGUUCGCCGCGGGCGGGUCCCCGCGGCGGGCGAGCGCGCUGGCGUGCCGGCAGCGCGCGCUGGUGGGCGCGCUCGUGCGGCGCCUGCCGCCCGCGCCGCGCCUCGUGCGCUGCCUGCGCGCCGACGCCGCGCUGCGCCCCUACCGCUUCGACGCGCACCUGCUGCGCCACCAGAUCCGCUCGCAGGGGAUCAUGGACAUGGCGCUGCUGCGGCGCGCGGGCUGGUGCGAGUCGCUGUGCGCGCGCGGCGUGCUGGCGCGCUACGGCGUGCUGCGCGCGGGCGCGGCGGGCGCGGGGGGCGCGCGGGACGAGCCGGUGCGCGCGGCGCGGGCGCUGCUGCGGGCUCUGCCCAUACCCAGCGCCGAGUUCACGUACGGCCGCACGCGAGUCUUCAUCCGCAGCCCGCGGACGGUGUGGGAGCUGGAGGCACUGCGCAACGCGCGGGUGGAGCAACUGGUGACCGCCGCGCAGCGCGCCUGGCGCGCGCACCGGCGCCGCCGCCGCGCCGCCGCGCAGCGCUUACGUAUAUUGUAUAUCACGGUGGCCACGGGGCCCUAG